GUCACAAUUUAGGUGCUGUAGUGUUAUCAGUAAAGUGUCCACGAUCACUGGCUACAUCUACCACUCACCGUGUUGGGUCGCUCCUUCCCUCCUCAACCCGUCGCCCAUCAUCGGACAUCUGAUACAACAAUAGGGUACAUGGUCCUGGUUAAAUAAACGGCUCGGAGUCCUCCAGCACAGUCAUAUGAGGCUGAUGUAUGUGUCCAGUGAGGAAGCUGCAGUCCCAGGGAGCCACAAAGCACCUCUCGGCUCGGACCACUCUCCCCUGCCCCUGUCCCAACAGGCAUGCCUUCUGAACCCAGCCUCAUCAGUGGGGAGAUGCUGACAGGACAGAGGCUGUGCCAGUCUAAGUCCCACCAGGACUCGGUGCUGUCUGCCUUGAACCAGCAGAGGAAGGAUGGGCUGCUCUGUGAUGUGACGCUGGUGGCCGGAGAGCAAAAGUUUCAUGCCCACAAAGCUGUCCUGGCUGCUUGCAGUGACUACUUCAGGGCCAUGUUCAGCUUGUGCAUGGUGGAGAGUGAAGCAGAUGAAGUUACCCUGCAAGGAGUGACCAGCGUAGGACUGAAGCAUGCUUUAGACUUUGCAUACACUGGACAAAUCGUGCUAGAGCCAGGGGUCAUACAGGACGUCCUGUCUGCAGGGAGCCACCUUCAGUUGCUGGAGCUCCUGGGCCUUUGCUCGCACUACCUCAUCCAGGAGCUUAGCAGUGUAAAUUACCUGGAGCUGUACCGUGUGGCUGACCUCUUCCACCUGCCCGCCCUGGAGGAGGCUGUGGUGGGCUUCCUGGUGGACCAUCUCUCCGAGUUGAGCCAGAGUCGACAGGAGGAGGCCCUGCAGCUGCCCUACCGCCUGCUCAGGGAGGUCCUGAAGAGUGACCGCCUCACCUCUCUCAGUGAGGAUGACAUCUGGAAGUUGGUCGUGUUGUGGCUUGAAAACGACUGUCGCUACCAGUACACUGAAGAUCUCCUACAGCACGUGCGAUACGGCCUCAUGGAUAUCCCCACACUGCAUCAUCUCUCCCGAAAUCACCCCCUGGUCCAGUCUAGUCCCACUGCUGCCGCCCUGGUGGAGGAAGCCUUGGACUACCACCAUGCCACCUAUUCCCAACCACUGCAACAGUCUGCUAGAACUAGACCAAGAUUUCAGUCUUUGACACUGUACAUCGCUGGUGGGAGGAAGCGCGAAGUUAGCCGAGUGCGUGAGCUAAGGUACUUCAAUCCAGCAGCCCAGGAUCAUGUUCGGGUAGCAGGAGGGUCCAACUGGAGUGAACUAGCCCCGAUGCCUACUGGACGGAGCCACCACUGUGUAGCUGUGAUGGGGAACUUUCUUUUUGUGGUGGGUGGGGAGGUGGAGCAUGCAACUGGGAGGACCUGUGCUGUAAGGACUGCCUGUAGAUAUGACCCCAGAGGAAAUCGCUGGACUGAAAUUGCACCCAUGAAAGUUUGUAGAGAACAUUUUGUUCUGGGAGCUUUAGGGCAGUACCUGUAUGCUGUAGGUGGCAGGAAUGAGCUGAGACAGGUGCUGCCCUCUGUGGAGCGGUACUGCCCCAAAAAGAACAAGUGGAUGUUCGUCCAGCCCUUUGAUCGAUCACUUUCUUGCCAUGCUGGGUGUGUAGCUGACGACCUGCUCUGGAUUUCAGGUGGAGUGACAAACACAGCCCAGUACCAGAAUCGCCUAAUGGUCUAUGAUCCUGAACAGGACCAGUGGUUGGCUCGCAGUCCCAUGUUACAGAGGCGAGUGUACCACGUCAUGGCGGCGGUGAGGAGGCAUCUGUACGUGCUGGGUGGAAAUGAUCUGGACUACAACAAUGACCGGAUACUGGUCAGGCACAUCGACUCGUAUAAUAUGGACAUGGACCAGUGGACACGCUGCUCCUUUAGUCUGCUCACAGGUCAGAACGAGUCCGGUGUGGCGGUUCAUGAUGACAGGAUCUAUGUGGUGGGAGGCUACUCCAUUUGGACCAAUGAGCCCCUGGCAUGCAUUCAGGUACUAGAUCUUAGUACAGAGGGCAAGGAGGAGGUUUUCUAUGGACCAACACUGCCUUUUGCCUCUAAUGGAAUAGCCACCUGUUUUCUUCCUGCUCCAUAUUUCACCUGCCCAAACCUACAGACGCUGCAAGUACCCCAUCACAGAAUUGGUGCUGUCUAAACCACUGCUGAAAAUCACAUUACAGACUACAUCCUCAUGACUGAACAUUACUACGUUUGAAACUGGCACAUGUUACAUUUAUCUAACUUGAAUUUCUUAUGCUACUGUAUAAGGCAAGCUAUAGGAGACUCUGAAACAAGGAGCGUGCACAUUAAGCAAGCAAAUUUCCCUGAAGACCAACGUAUCCUUUUUUAAAGUACAGUCAAGAUGCAACAGGCUUUUAAAAUGUACUUGAAAAGGAUCAAAGGAUAUUAUCUUCAACCUUGAAUCUGGUAAAGAAUAUGUGGUUUGUGCUUCUUCACUGUUCACAGCCCAUACAAACUUCUGGGUAAGGCAAGCCAUUAUAGGGCUAUAGCUUUUUUAAAAUGCUAUGGCUUAUAUAAUUACGUAUUACUCUGUAGGUUCUAUUAAAUUAUAAAGCUCCGCUGUUGGAAGCAUUUUUGUUGUGCACUUUAAGGAGCUAUUGGCACUAAGACUGAACUAACACUUAUUAAGUAAAAAAUAUUGCUUUAAAUUACUGCUUUAUUUGUUGCUUAUUGGGUGAAAGUUAUCUAUGAGUGUGUUUUAAAUACUUUUAUACACUGGACCUUAAACUGGUGAAACUGAUGUGAUUGUCUGCUUGUUUUCAUCCAGAGCAUUUUGAAAUAUUAUUCCUGUGUAUACAAAAUACAGUACUGUGUAAAGAUUCUAAGCAGAUUUGGACAAUGUUGUCAAUUUGGAAAUGAAUUUAUUAAUAUUUUAGGAAACAUCACUGGUGGGACAAAGAGAACUUAUACAUUGUUCUCACUCAACAAUUUGUCACAACUGACUCAUGAACAUCAACUAGUAGAUUUACAAAAUAAAACCAAAUAAAUUUCUAUAAUUGAGUCCAAGUCUGGCCACAAGUGGCUUAUCGCAAAUAAACUUCUAUUUUAUUUUUUACUUUGUGUCUUUUGCACAGUACUGCAUCCAAUGUCAGGCUCAUUCCACUUUUGUUGUUUUACUAUGAACAAAAUGUGAUCUCAGCACCUUUCCUUACUUGUCCAAAUACUGUAUGUAUGAAAGAUUAUGUGAAAAGAUACCAAUAAACAUCCUGCAUUAAACAGGG